AUGGUACUUUUCACAGAAGACUUUUUAGAUCAAGAUUCAAUUGCAAAGACUUUGGAUCUCUUAAAUUCGAGUGAAGACCUUUUAGAUCUUUUAAAUUCGAGCGAAGAUAUAGAUCUCUUAGCAGUUAGAUUGCA